AUGACAAAAGAACAACCACCAGCAACUUUUUACGUCAACGCAGCCUUGUUCGACUGUGAUGGUACCUUAGUCAACUCCACCGGCGCCAUUUCUGAAUUCUGGAGAAACUUUGCCGAAACGAGACCACACUUUGAUGCUGAAGAAGUCAUCAGAACUUCUCAUGGAUGCCGUACCUUUGAUGUCAUCAAGAAAUGGUCCCCAGAAGAUGCCAUUGAGGAGCAAGUCACACAGUGGGAAGGAGAUAUACCCGACUCAUAUGGCCACCACGCCCGCGCUAUUCCAGGUGCCGUGGAAUUGGUCAAGCAAUUCGACGGAUACUCAAAAGAAACACAUGAUGGAGAACAAAAAUGGGCAAUUGUUACUUCCGGAACCCUCCCCCUUGCAACCAAAUGGUUAAAGUUAUUAACCAUUGAAAAACCAGAUACUUUUAUAACGGCCGAAAAGGUGACGAAAGGAAAACCACAUCCCCAAGGUUACCUCAAUGCAAGAGAGAAUUUGGGAUACGGAGCCAACCAUGCGAAAGUGGUGGUCUUUGAGGAUGCACCCGCUGGAAUUCAAGCUGGAAAAGAUGCUGGGGCCCUUGUUGUGGGAAUCUGCUCUACUUACAACCCUGAAAAGGUCAGAGAUGCCGGUGCUGACAUUGUGGUGAAGGACUUGACAGGUGUUCGGAUCGAGUCUUACAACAAGGAGACUCAGGAAUUCAAAAUUGUUGUUGACUCAUAUUACUACUCAAAUAUAUAG